AUGAGCGUAACAGGCUCAACGUCUUCCCAAGGAACGCAUUCACGUUCACCUUCCCGAUCUCGCUCACCACCUUAUAAUGACGGACGAUACCCACACCCACCACCGCCAUUACUCCCAAACAGCUCGAAAUACACUAGCGGUAGUAGUAGUAGUCGGUAUGAUUAUAGUUACGGUAGACCUAGUCGAAGUGGCAUUUCAGCUGAUUUGGAUAGUUAUAGAGAUCUACGUGAAAGGGAACGUGAUCGAGAAAGAGAUCGAGACAGAGCCAUGCGAGAGGAUAGAUAUAUGAGUUCGCGAGCACGUGAUAGAGAUCGUGACGACCGUUAUGGACCCUAUUAUCGUGAAGAUCCUCACCAUUAUCCACCGCAUAUAUCAAGAGACUAUUCUAAAAUGUCAUCGAUUCCUUUGAGAAGAGAAGAUUCAAAAGAUCCUAAGUUAACGUCGUCUUUGAAAGAUGGAAAAGACGAUAUAAAGACACUUCCACCGUCCAGUUCUGAUAUGCCACCUUCGUAUGGCUCAAGCAGGUAUAAUGACUGGCGUGAACGAGAAAGAGAAAGAGAAAGAAGAUAUAGAGAAGAAGAUCGUAGACGGGAAUAUGAUAGAAGACGUGGCAGAUACAUGCGUUAUGAUCCGAAUUAUGGUCCUUCAUAUCCACCAUAUGGAGGAGGGGACACUUAUAGACCUGAUCGUGAUAGAGAUCGUGAUAGAGAUCGUGAUAUGCCACCACCAUCACUACUUUCAUCAGCCUCAGUAUCCGGCCCACUCUUACCACCGGGUCCACCAGGACCGCCACAUCCACCACAUUCUUCUUACUAUGAUAGAUUAGACGAACGUGAUUAUUAUGGCGGUGGCAGUAGCAGCAGCAAACCACUAUCUGUAAAUGAUCGAUACCGUUCAUCCAGUGGAAGAGGUCGGGCUUCAUGGCGUGACCGACCUGAGCGAAUAUCAACUGCGAAUUUGGAUAUAAGAAGUGGGCGUAGCUCACCUACAACACCUUAUUCAGCUGCAUCGGCAUCGUCAACAUUGAAAGAACGCACAAUAAAUGACGCAGCCAUCAAACCGCUACCAUCGCCAUCACCUCCUUCUCCUUCCGCAUCGCAUCCUACAUUAUCAGCUAAUCAAACAUCAUCGUCGUCAACAGCAGUUCUAAUUGCUGAAGAGAAACGUAAAGAUGAUACUGCAAAAUCAAGUACUAAGGAGAAACCCGUAGAAGAAUUAUCCACUACAGAUGACAGAAAAUCAGGGCAGCAAACAGCAACAGAUGAUAAGGAACUUGCUUCUGAACACAAAGGACGUGAAUUAGCUUACGAAGCAGAGCGACAAGCAAUCGAUACUGUUGCAAUGGAGGAGAAAAAAGAUGUAUCAGACGAUGAAAAACCAGAUUCAAUUAAAGAGGAUAUAUCGACAGCCGGAAUGGAUCAAGCUAUUGAAAAUGAUAAGCAGGGGAAAGAUGAAAAGGCAACUAAAGGCUCUUCAACAGCAAAACCUGAUAUUGUUCCAGAACCAAUGCAGCUCGAUAAAUCGGAAAGUCCAACAGAGGUAUUGAAGGUAGAGUCUGAAUCUGCCUUACCAACAAAAGAAGCGAAAGAGAACUCAACAACGUCUACAAUGGACGAAAAUGGAGAAGAAGAAAAAGAAGAGGGCGAAAUGAUGAUCGACGAAGAAACCGAUGAUGUAGCUAAGGAUGGAAAACAGUUCUCCAAUCUGACACAGGAGCAGAUUGUGGACCGCAUUGAUGAUAUUGAAAACCAAAUCAGUACAUAUGAGGAGAUGCUUGAAGAAGCUAUUAAGCGCGAAGAAAAGGUAGAAGAACGAGGAGAAGACAAGCCAGCAAUCAAAGACGAGGAUAUAGUUAUGUCUGACAAAGAAAUUGACGAGCAUGAAGAAGUAACAGAAGAAGAAAGAGCUAUGAAUAAAGAAGAGGCUAAAAGGCAAGCAUUGCAGGCAAUGGAAAUUGAACCCUCUUCUUCAGAUGCGUCAAGUAAUAAAAAUAGCACAGUUGGCUCAGUAUCUUCUAUCAAUGCAACUGAUAAAAUGCGUAAACGACCCCAAUUAUUGAUCAACCAAUUGCGUGCUAAAAGUGACGACUUGGACGAUGAAUUAUAUGAGAAGAUUUUACGUGAUAAUCAACAAACAGCCAAACAGAACUCAGCAAUGUUGAAUGGUCAAUGGCAAGGAAAAGCUGAAAACCUUGAAGAAUGGUCGGAUGAAGAGAGGUGGUACAAACCCCUUUAUUCAAAUAUCGAAGAUUACCCUUGUAUACAAGAAAAUAUGGCUCGCUUCGCUCAACUUCGCAUUGAUGUCGCUCAUGCUCUACAUGAUCAAAAGGAAGCUCUGAAGAAAAAGGAACGCUCUCUUAAGAAUGAAUAUAAGCGCAUCUAUAAAGAAUGGAAGGAAAAGAAUUUAGCCUUGGAUCGAAUGCGUGCUCAUGAACGUAAGACAUCUGAUAAGUAUACUGGUACUGGUUCAACCCAUUAUUAUCGUUCCUCAACGCGUGGUCAUAGAAGAGAUGAACCAGAAGAAUACUCGGAUGGUGUGAUUUUCAUUGCGGGAGCUCCUGAUGCUUUAAGAUUCAAAAGUGAUGGUACGACGACACCUUACGGCGGCAGUGGACAUUUCACUUCGGAUGCAGCUCGUUCAGAAGCUGAACUACUGGAAAUUAUUCAAUCCUUGGAAUCGGCAGAGAUGCGUAACCCUGAGUCACGCGCCAAAAAGACUACAGCAACAAUUCCACCGAUGAUUCUGGAUGAACGCGAACGUAUGCGUACGUACGACGAUCGUAGUGGUCUGGUUAAAGAUCCCUUGACUUACUAUCAUACCGGGCCAAAUACUGGCGAUGUAUGGAAUCAACAAGAAGUAACAACCUUUAUGGAAUCGUACAUGAUGUAUCCAAAGCAGUUUGAACGCAUAGCUGCGGCUAUAGGAACCAAAAAUGCUCGUCAGUGUGUUCUCUUUUACUAUCGUAAAAAGAAGAAGAUCGAUUUUAAGGCAUUGAUGAAGAAAGGUCGACGAGGAAAAAGUAAUAAGCAUCGUGAUCGUAUUGCAGCAGCUAUAAGAGCAGCUACUGGCGAUGGCAGUGGUAAUGGAUCUACGACGCGUAAGAAGGCAAAGAGUAAGGGAUCCGCUUUAAUGACAGAUAUUGGUGAAGCACAGAUUUCGAGAAAGGCAAAAGAAAAAGAUGCAGCAGAGCGGAAAACUCGUGAAUUGAAAAAUCUGGACGAAGUAAAUGCAUAUUGGGAUAGUGCGGCGGAAAAAAGAAGUAGUGGACGGCCGAAACGAUAUGCUUCUACAGCAGCUGACAGUGGUGUAAUACCAGGGUCUGGGCCUAGUAGCAGUGCGACAGAUGAUACUGAUAUGAUUCUGCAAACGCCGAGUACGUCAGUUAACACACAGCAGUCGUCAGCAACGGAUAGAAAACGAGUUAACUCUAGUUCCAGCCAGACUAGUGGGCGACGUCGAGGCCGAACUCCCCGUGAAGCUACUGUGGAUCACAUACUUACACCAACUGAUGGCAAUAAGCGUUUUGUUGAGGAACCUUCUGAUAUGGCUAUUGAUUCUGAUGACAAAAUGUCUUCUUUCACAACUACCCCGCCAACAGCAAGUCCCAGUAGUGUAGCAAGAUGGACAGAACGUGAUAAGGAAAUCGCUAUAGAAGCAUUCAAACAGUAUGGUCGUGAUUUUGUGAAGGUAGCCAAUGUGUUAAAGACGAAAACUGAAGAGCAAUGUCGAAACUUUUAUCAUAACUUCAAACGAAAAUUCGGGCCUAAUGCUUUUAAUGAAGAGGAGAAUGCACGUCAACAACAACAACCACAGCAACAGCAGCAGCAGCAGCAAAGAGUCAUUGAACCUACUAAAAAUGCUAUGACUGUUGGUGGGGGUAUGACAACAUUAGUUCUUCCACCGAACCAGCCUCCAGCAACCAUUGCUACUCUUCCUAGUCAGGCUUCUAUUCAUAAUGAAGUAGUAGCAAGUGGUCGUACAGAUUUGAAAGCAGAUGAAGAGGAUGCGGCAGCAGCGCUGGUGGGAUUGUUCCAAAUGGGUGCAAAUACACCUAGAGAAGAAGUUAAACAACAACAACAACAACAACAACAACAACAAGAGCAAGCAGCAUCGGCAACAUCAGCAUCUACGUUAUCGAUCAGACCGCUGGCAACCAAUGUUUUGCCAAAUGUUGCCAUACCUGCUACCUCUGCUUAUCAAGUUUUGCCAUCCCCCUCAUUUAUCAAAGCAGCGCCAGUAGCAUCAACACAGCAGCAGCAACAGCAGCAGCAGCCUCAAAGACGACGACGCGUACGCUCAUCAUCAAGUAGAGCGGAAAGCCUUGCCUCUGAAGACACUGACUAUAUGCCAGCUGACAAUAACGGUCGCAAAUUAGGCCGUCAGUCUACUUUAGCAGCGGCGCCUUCCGAUAACAUCAAACGUUCUAGUUAUUCUUCUUACUGGUCAGUAUUAGAAAGAAACGACUUUCAACAUUAUUUGAGUCUUUACGGACCAGAUUGGGAAAAAGUAGCAAGCGCUAUGAAAACAAAAACGAUGAUACAAGUACGUAAUUUCUAUACGAAUAAUGAAGAGAAGUUACAUCUGAAAGAUAUUGUAGACAAAUUUUAUGCACGUCAACAGCAACAGCAGCAACAGCUACAGCAACAGCAGCAGCAGCAGCAUAAACCUAUCAAUUCUCCUGCAAUCACCACUAAUACCGUUGAUAUGAGUGUGGCACCACAACCAUAUCAAUCUAAUACUAUUAUGCGUAAUCACUAUCCCUAUCCCACAUCUAAUACUACGGUUACUACACCCACUACUCCAUCUCUUGCAUCUCCUAUGUUAGAUAAAAAGCCUAUUCCGUCAUCUAUACAACCUAUAAUCCCUACUUCUGCUUCCCCUCAUCUACAGCCACAACAGCCUUCCUCUCCUUAUAUGAUGAGCCCUGCACAGGCAUCGGGCCCAGCCAACUAUUAUGCUACCUCACCACAGCAACAGCCUCUACCUCCAUAUCCUACCGCUACUAAUACUGUUACUAGACCUUAUGCUCAGCCAUUGCCUUCUCCUGCUACUGUACCAUCAAAGCCGACUCAAUCACAGAUAUCAGAGCCACCAUCUGCGGUAACUAAAGUAGCAGAUCUUCUAAAUAACAAUGACGAUGAAUCAACACAACCAAAUCAAAAGAGCUGGGAAACAUGGUUUGGGAAUUGA